AUGGGCAGCAUUCUUACUAGCGGGCCCAAUGAAGCUAUAAUCAUAUCAGGUGGUUGCGGCUCGAAACAAGUGCGCACUAUUGUAGGCGGCUGGGCAUGGGCUUGGUGGAUUGUCACCGAUGUUCAACGUUUAUCAUUAAAUGUUAUGACUUUAGAACCGUCAUGCGUACAUGGACAGACAAUUGAAGGCGUGCAAUUAGACGUAACUGGUGUAGCGCAAUGUAAGGUGAAGAGGACAAAAUCGUCUAAUGGUCCUGAUGAAAUGUUGCUUAGAGCUGCUGAGCAAUUCUUAGGCAGAGAAGAAGACGAAAUUAAAAAUGCUUUACUGCAAACACUCGAAGGACAUUUACGUGCGAUAUUAGGAACACUUACAGUCGAACAAGUGUACAAAGACCGUGAAAGAUUCGCUUCGCUAGUUCACGAAUUAGCGGAAUCUGAUAUACAAGACCUGGGCCUCACAAUUGUUUCAUUUACAAUUAAAGAUAUACAAGAUAACGUUGACUAUUUGAGGUCAUUGGGUAAAUCGAUUACUGCCAAAGUGAUACGUGAUGCUGAUAUAGGUGUAGCGUUAGCUGGACGUGAUGCUGGUAUACGCGAAGCGGAAUGUGAAAAAAAUGCGUUGGAUGUCAAAUACAUGACCAAUGCAAAAGUCGAAAAUAAUGCUCGGGAGUAUCAAGUGAAACGGUCUCAAUUUGAACAAGAUGUUAACAAAGCCAAUGCCGAGGCGCAACUGGCAUACGAUCUGCAAUCAGCCAAGGUACAUCAGAAUAUACGAAAUGAAGAGGUACAAAUUGAUGUUGUUGAGCGGCGUAAACAAAUCGAAAUCGAGGAGCAGGAAGUGAUACGAAUGGACCAAGAACUUAUAGGUCUAGUGAAAUUGCCAGCUGAGGCCGAAGCAUAUCGUGUGCAGACAAUAGCGCAAGCCGAAAAAUUCGAAGCCAUCGCAAUGGCUCGUGCUGUAUCUGAAAAGAUACGAAAAAUUAGUUCUGCCGAAGCGCACGCCCUUGAAGCAGUAGGCAAAGCUGAAGCGGAACGAAUGCGUUUAAGAGCAAACGUUUAUAAGCAAUAUGGAAAUGCAGCCAUUCUUAAUAUUGUCUUGCAAUCCCUACCAAAACUAGCUGCUAAAAUUGUUACUCCCUUAGCAAAGACUGAUAAAAUUGUUUUAAUCGGCGGUAAUAAUCCAAGUAAAAGCAAGAGUGAUAACUUUCAAAAUGAAUCGGACGCUCUCAACAAAUCUUCUGCGGGAGUAAAAGGCUGCGACCCAAGCCAGUAUUCCUGUUCUCUGGCAAGUCCUGUUAAGAAAACCCACGUACCCACAGAAGGCAGCCGCCCAAGCGAGUGCAGAUGCGAUCCAUCUUCAUUUGACAGUCAAGGCAUACCACUCAAUCAGUCUACGACGGUUGCAAAAAAGCAGAAAAAAAAUACUUAG